AUGGACAACGAACACCGGGGAUUACUGCGCACCAUGCGCGUUUAUUUAUUGAACAAUAUUACCCGGCUUGAAGAAAUUUUAGAUCACCUGGAGUCUGUUCGUAUUAUUUCGGAAGAACAGCGUCAGAGAAUCUUGUCACCAGUUGUACCAAAAGAUCGAUUGCGCAUUUUUUUGGAUACCCUGCCCAGAUGUGGUCCUCUGGCUUUUGGGAAUUUUCGCAGCGCCCUUCAAGAAACCAAUCAGGAGAGUGUGAUUCAGGCAAUGGAUAUCGAACUGAAUAAGCUGGAAGAAUCACAGAUAGUAAUGAGUGUUGAUCAACCGACCACAAGGACAGUUCGAUCUUUCAAGCCCUAUUCAGUGUCUUCUAAUCCUUGUGGCUAUAUAUUGAUCGUUAAUAUAGAGAACUAUUCCCAGACAUCUGGCGUCUCAACUCGUACAGGUUCAUCUAUAGAUGUUGAAAGGCUCGUUGUCCUAUUUCAAACCUUUUCUUACAGUGUAGCUGUGCUGCAGGACCCAACAGCAGUUCAGUUGGAGAGAGCAGUAAGGGAGUUUUCUCAGAAACCAGAACAUAAAGACGUCCAUGCUGGUGGUCUUUUCAUCCUCGCACAUGGUAUGGAGCAUCAUUUGAUUGCCAGCGACGGCUCACUUGUCAGCAUUGAUGACAUGGUCUCCAACUUCACCAACCCGAAAUGCCCCGGAUUGGCAGGAAAGCCCAAACUCCUGGUGAUCCAAGCUUGCCGCGGUGAGCAGCGUGACCGAGGAGUACUAGUACGGACACAACAAUCCCAGUCAAUCGGAUUUGUUCCCCCAGAACAUUCUCUGGAUCCCUCAUCUUGGUUGUCCUUGCCGCAUAUGAGUGACUGCGUCAUUGUAUAUUCCACGCUUCCUGGAUUUGUUUCAUGGCGUUCGGAAACAGGUGGAAGUUGGUAUAUUUCGACAUUUGUGGAUGUUUUCCGUCUUCACGGCAUGAGCUGUUCUGUGAUGGAUAUGUUGGCUGAGGUGAACAACCGACUGCUUGCUGAGGCUAGCUCUAUGAACAUUCACCAGAUAUCUCAGCCUGUCAGCACACUGACUAAACCUUUUUACCUUACAACGAAAACUGAUCAUUCCAUAUCAUAG